AUGAACAGACCAUCUAUGCUGGAUCAAGGCAAGGCCACCGCAGAGGACUGGCACGGUGGUGGGAAGGGCGGCGCGGGAGCGCAGCGGAUGCUGUCAGCCCCUUCCAGCCCAGGGAGGGCAGAGGACGCCCUAACAGCGGCCGCCAGUAGCGCCCUGGGCGACUGCUCUGCGGGAACUUCUGUCAUGUCCCACCAACCUCUCAGCUGCCUGACUGAAAAAGGGGACAGUCCCAUUGAGACCACAGGAAAUGGACCCCCCAUUCUGGCUCACCCCAGCCUGGAUACAUUCACCCCAGAGGAGCUGCUGCAGCAGAUGAAGGAGCUCUUGGUUGAGAACCACCAGCUGAAAGUUGAUUUGUUUAUGUGCUUUACUCCUUGUCAUUUCCAGGACCCCACUGGUGACUCUAGGCUUCCCAAGGUGAUAGCAGAGCAGGAAGUGGAACAGCUGAAGACCCAGGUGGCAAGCCUUCAGGCUGAAAAGGCAGACCUGCUGGUCAUCGUGUCUGAAUUACAGCUCAAGCUGACUGCCAGCGGCUCCUCAGAAGACUCCUUUGUUGAAAUCAAGAUGGCUGAAGGAGAAGCAGAUGGAACAUUAAAAGAAAUCAAGAAUAGUCUUGAGCCUACAAGAACAGUCUCCAUUGACAUGAGCAAAUAUGCCAAAGGUGCCAAGAAUUAUUUGGAAUUUGAAGAAUUAACUGUGAGCCAGCUCCUGCUUUGCCUAAGGGAAGGAAACCAGAAGGUGGAGAGACUUGAAAUUGUGCUCAAAGAAGCCAAAGAAAGAAUUUCAGAGUUUGAAAAUAAAGCAAAUGAUCAUUCUGAAGUUGAGACUCAGACAGAGGACAGCGAAGAAAAAGAGAAUGAAGAGGAGAAAGACACAGAGACUGUUGGAAGCGAAGUAGAAAUGUUGAACCUUCAGGCGAUAUCGCUGUUUAAGGAGCUUCAAGAGGCUCAUACAAAAUUGAGUGAAGCCGAGCUGAUGAAGAAGAGACUUCANNUUAGAUGCCAGGUCCUUGAAAGGAAAAAUUCUGCAAUCCCAGCAGAGCUGAAUGAAAAGCAAGAGCUUGUUUAUAAUAACAAGAAGCUAGAGCUGCAAGUGGAAAGCAUGCGAUCGGAAAUAAAAAUGGAGCAAGCUAAAACAGAGGAUGGAAAGUCCAAGUUAGCCAUUCUACAGUUAACACACAACAAGCUUCUUCAAAAACAUAAUAAUGCAUUGAAAACAAUUGAGGAACUAAUAAGGAAAGAGUCAGAAAAAGUAAACAGGGCAGUGCUGCAAGAACUAAAUGCAAAACUGGAAAUGGCAGAGAGGGCACUGGCUUCCAAGCAGCUUCAAAUGGAUGAGAUGAAAAAGACCAUUGCCAAGCAGGAGGAGGAUCUGGAAACCAUGGGUGUCCUUAGGACUCAGAUGGAGGUUUAUUGUUCUGAUUUUCAUGCUGAAAGAGCAGCAAGAGAGAAGAUUCAUGAAGAAAAGGAGCAACUAGCAUUGCAGCUGGCAAUUUUGCUAAAAGACAACGUUUUUGAAGAUGGAGGCAGUAGGCAAUCCUUGAUGGAAAUGCAGAGCCAGCAUGGGGUAAGAACAAGUGACCCAGACCAGCAGGCUUACCUCAUCCAAAGAGGAGCUGAGGAUAGGAACUGGCGGCAAGAGCAAUCACAAAGUAUUCCAAUUCAUUCCUGUCCCAAGUGUGGAGAAGUUCUGCCUGACAUAGAUACAUUACAGAUUCAUGUGAUGGACUGCAUCAUUUAAGUGUUGAUGUUUCACCUUCCCCCAAACUGUUGGAAAUUUUUGAGCGCAGCAGUAAGCGUUUGGCAAAUGUCGGGGCUUCUCUGUGGCAAUUCUUAGCCUCCACCUCCUGGAAAGGAGAAAAUGCAGUUGCGACGAACUGGAUCAUUCAGUCCUUAAAACGGUGAAGAAAUGAGUUUGGACCGCGUAUAAAAAAAUACUGUAAAGGCAUCCUGACGCUGGGGGGCGUCAGACUCUAUUUUACAGGGUCCAUCCAAGAACUUCACGGAAGUUGCGGUGCCCUCAACAAAGAGGGCGCCCGGUGACCCAAGAUUCUACAGUACUCAUCCUCUUGGCCAUCUAAUCCUCCUUCAGUUCCUGGCACAACUGUUUUUUGACAGCGUGGAUGACUUAAAGCUCUUGAAAAAACCCAGUGAUACCUGUGGAAACAGUUGGCCACUGCUUACCAACCUAGAGACGAAGGAACUCCACACUGAUAUCAAGUAGGAGACUUCAUCUACGUGAGGUGACAUCAGGUGUCAUCCCUGGAGCCCCGCUGGAAAGGACCAUACCAGGUGCUGCUUAUAACACCUACAGCGGUGAAAGUGGACAGGAUCGAUUCCUGGAUCCAUGCCUCCCAUCUCAAGCCUGCGCCCUGUCCAGAUUCUGGCUGGAGACUGGAAAAGACUGGUAACUCUUUCAAAUUGCAUAUUUGCAAUAUGGAUAGGGCUAUGGACUCUUCCCUUGGCCACCAGCAGUCCUAAUCCCCAUCAGCCUGUUCAGCAACGGUGGCAGAUCAUAAAUCCUACUGGACAAGAAGUAUGGUCCAUUUCGCAUACAGCCCCCUUAUGGACCUGGUGGCCAUCUCUUCACCGGGAUAUUUGUCAGCUUGCUAUAGGUCUCCCCAGUUGGGGUAUCCCUGACGUAGGAGAUCCCACCAAAAUCCCGUCAGGCACAAGAGACUCAGGAACCUUUGGUUGCAGUUCCCCACAAGCCAGAUGCAGGUUAGCCAGCCUUGAUUACUACGUUUGUCCUGCAGGCUAUGGGAGCCGCGAACAGUCCCAGUUAUGCGGGGGGCAAAGUGACUUUUACUGCAAGUGAUGGGGAUGUGAACAAACAGGGGCAGCCUGGUGGGAACCAGACUCUCCUGACAGUUUUAUCCGGGUGGGAAGAAAUAGCACCCGGAUAAACCCUGAGAGCUGUCCCUCUCCUGGACCAGACCCAGAAGAUGGGGUUUUGGCUCUAAAUAACCGAUGUCACUCCAAUACCCUAUGUAACCCUCUAAAUAUAACUUUCACCCCUAAAGGAAAAGGUUAUACCCAGUCAUGGAUCUCAGGGAACACCUAUGGGAUGCGAUUUUAUACUUCAGGGUAUGAUUUUGGUCUUUGGUUCACCAUCCGGCUUAAAAGACAAUUAAACCCCACAGCCAUAGGACCCAAUCUCCUUAAGCCAGGAAUCAGGCCUCCCAAAUCUCCCAUGCCUCAAUUUACCACCCCAUCGAAAACCAAGGUCCCACCACCAUCCAAUACCCAAACUCCACUCCCGUCUACUUCCCCAAUCCAGGGUGAAGCCAGUCCCUCCUACUGGGGGCUAAUUGAAGGGGCCUUUGCGGUACUGAACUCCACACAACCAGACCUCACUCAAUCUUGCUGGCUCUGUCUCUCCACUACUCCCCCUUACUAUGAAGGGAUAGCAAUCAAUGGGACUUAUACAGUAAAAGCACAGAGUUCCUCCUGUAGUUGGGGUGAAAAUCCUAAGUUAACCCUCCCAGAAGUAACCGGGGCAGGUUUAUGUCUAGGGUCCCCACCUAAAAGCAAACAACACUUAUGUACCCAGAUAAAAGAAAUCAGCACCACACAGGGCUUUCUUAUCCCUGAAAAUGGAACCUGGUGGGCAUGUGACUCAGGGUUAACUCCUUGCAUUUCAGCUCAGGUAUUUAACAGCUCUGUAAAUUAUUGUGUAAUGGUGCAGAUGUUUCCCAGAGUGCUCUAUCACGAUGCAGGUUCGUUUGAACAUCAAAUAGGGGGGCAUACAACCCGGUUCCGCCGGGAACCUGUAUCCCUGACUUUAGCCAUCCAAGAACCCUUAACCUCUCUCUCUGAAGUUGUUUUACAGAACAGGCGAGAGUCGGACCUCCUCUUCAUGAGGGAGGGAGGCCUCUGUGCUGCAUUGAGGGAAGAAUGUUGUUUUUAUGCUGACCAUACUGGAGUUGUAAGGGAAUCCAUGAGUAAAUUAAGAAAACGCCUUGAAGAGCGCCAGAGAAAGAUAGAAACCCAACAAAGGUGGUUUGAGUCUUGGUUCACCCAGUCCCCCUGGUUAAUUAUGCUCUUAAUCAUCCUCAUGCUAUUGCUAACUGUAGGACUCUGUUUGCUUAACCGUUUCUCCAGGCUCAGAUUGGUCAGGUAAAACUUAUGGUAAUCAGACAACAAUAUGCGACACUGACAGAAAUGGAAUGUGAAACCCCUCAAUGAUUAUGAAUUAUUACAUUUAAGAUUAAAAGUAGUUAGAAAAAGGAGUGGGAAAUGAAAGGUUAAAGAAAUGAAAUGUAAAGGAUAAAAUUUGUUUCAAGUUCUGUAAAGUUUUUAAGUUCUGUUAAGUUGCAUGUGGAACCUGAAAUUCAUGUGGAAGUUAAAAAACAACUCCUGGAAAAGCCACUGAAAUGUAUGUUGAAAUCUCCCCUGACCAUCUGGUUGCUCUGUAAAAACAACCCCCCUCCCAGAAACCGUGCAGUCCAGCACGUACACACCUCAGGGCUUGAGCCAAUCAGUUUGAAUGUAUACCCUUCUUUGUACUAACCAAUCACCCCUACCCGACUUGUUCCUGCCAGUAAAUGUACUAAUCAUAGUUAAGAAUUGUUGUUUGAUUUUCCCGUGGCGUAUGAUGAUUUGUUAUGCUGUAUGUGAAGUCCUUGCCCUUUCCAGAGAAUGAAUAUAAGCUCUGCUCAAGCUGUUCUCAGGGUUCUCUGCUCCUCCGAAGUGAGCUCUGAGCCCCAGCAUGCUGGACCCCCAAUAAACCCUUUGCUGUUGCAUGAGA